AACAUCCGAAAAACUUCUGUAUAAUCAAUCCCCGAACGGGUUCGGGUUGAUGAUCCUACUUAUCUACUUUGAUUACUCUAGCCUUGGAAGACGUUAAUGUUGUUGUUUUUUUCACUCAGGAACUCUGUGCUUUCAGCAGUCAGCUGUCAACAGGCUGGGCAUGAAAUGAGGCUCAGACAACGACGCAGUACUUGGAAGUGAUAACAAUACAACGUUUUGUCACUGUCCUGUAAAACUGUUCAUAUCCAUUCAGUGGAUUUUGUAAUCCUGCUUGCUCGAGAGAUGAUGAACUCGGGACACGAUCAUUGAACACUAUGGACAUGUGAGACUCGACAUGAAUGCAGACGCUGAGGCGAUGCUGGAUUGAAUGGCACUGAGGAUACGAGGCUGUGACCCAGCAGGAGCGCUGCGAUGGCCAGCUGCCACAGUAGCCACGCAGACACCGCCGAAGCUCCUCCUCCCUCAGCCUCACGGCCGCCAGCCAUGCCCAAGCUCCACGUCCAGGGCUCGCUGUCCCGGAAGUCCAUCACCAUCCACUUCUCGCCCCUGGGCGAGGAGGAGGAGAAGGAGGAGGAGGAGGAGCUCUAUGGGGCAGUUGUGUCCUCUCCUCUUCCCCCUGCUGGACCCAUAAAGGACCCCCCAGGCAUUGUGACGGCCCUGGAGGCCAGCGAGGAUCUAAUCCUUGAUGGAGCCGGGUUGGACUCUGAGGCUCAGGCUGCAGUUCUGCCUAUGUUGUCCUCAACUGGUCCUCAAAGCACCAUCACCUCCACGUUACCCUCUGAACUGAAAAGCUCCUCUCCUUCCCCUGCCACCACCUCCAAAUCCACUUCCUCCAAGUCUAGCGACAAACCUUUCUUCAGCCUGGUCAAGUCUCUAUCCUCUGACAUCAUUGAGCCUUCUGAAAAUGUCUCCAUCUCCCCCGCUGCCCCCACUUCCGUGCGCCACUGCCACCCGAUGAAAACCUUGGUCAAGUCACUCUCUUCUGACACCUCCCAGGAAUCCCCCCCUUCCUCCUCCUCCUCGCCCUACCGCCUCUCGGACUCCCGCCUCAACCUGCACCUCUUCAAGCAGUUCACGCAGUCCCGUGCCCCAGUAGGUGUCGUUGCCGGGGCUGACUCAAAGACCGCCCCCUCCUCGACGCUCACCUCCCCAGACAGCCGCAACUUCUUUAAGGCGUCCGUGGAAGCGAGCAUCGAGGACACUAAGCGCCGUUUCUCCGAGGCCAUCUACGAGCCUCUCCAGCUGUUCAAUAAGAUCAUGGAGGACAAGAGUGGAGGCAUUGGCAGCAGUGCCUUUCGGUCCAAAGCGCUCUCGUCCAGUGCUUCGGAGCUCACCUGCCUGGCCUCCCUCAAUAACGGCCAACCGGAGAGCAACAACAACAACUACAGCAUCAAGGAGGAGGAAACCGGGGAUGACUGGGAGUCCGAGGGAACCGGAAACGGAGCCAGCUCUCCAAAUCCCACCUCUGACACCAGAAGUCCUAAAAUGUCUUCUGCCUCUCUCAGCCUGGACAAUUGCUCCAUGUCAGCCCUGGCCAAGCUGGAGGACGAGGACUUCUGCAUCCUGUCUAGUGAGGACUUUGAGGAUAUCGAGGGGGAUUAUGGAGACACAACCGACGAUACAUGUAGCCAAGUCAGACUGCCGCCUAGUGGCAGUCCAGAACUAUGCAGUGACGACAAGUCAGAGGGAGAAGUUCCGCCACCCAGCAUUCCACACUACACCCUGAUCAUCAUCACAGCGCUGGUCUACGGGUACUUCGUGUUGCCCCUGCCCACCUACGUUGGGGGCAUGCUGCUGGGAGUGGGACUAGGGUUCAUGCUAGCUAUCGCUGUGGUGUGGUUGGCCGGACCCAAGCCUUCUGGCAAUCGCACCAGACAUCCCAGACACCAGGGGAAGCUGAGGAACAUGGCCCAGCUGGGCAUCAAAGAGCCAAGCAUCUUCAAGGGCUGGAUGAACGAGAUAGUGAACUACGACCCGGAGACAUACCACGCCACUCUGACCCACUCUGUGUAUGUGAGACUGGAGGGCUCCAUCCUGCGCCUGUCCACACCCAACCGCAACAUCGCCCGGCGGGCCACCCAUAACGAACCCAAGCCCGACGUCACCUAUAUCAGCCAGAAGAUCUACGACCUCACUGACAGCAAGAUCUAUCUGGUGCCCCAGAGUCUGGCCAGGAAGCGUGUGUGGAACAAGAAGUACCCUAUCCGCAUCGAGCUGGCCAAGCAGGACGACUUCAUGUCCAAGGCAGAGGGCGACCACAGCGAAACCACACACGAGAGAACCACGGCCACAGGAGAGGCGACCGUGGGGACGGAGGAGGCCAAAAGGUCCGGUGGUCCUGAACUGACCCUGUACCUGUUUGGUCGGACGGGGAGGGAGAAGGAGGAGUGGCACCGGAGGAUCCUGUUGGCCUCCAAGCCCCCCAAGACAGGGAUGAAGAGAGUCACUGGUCUGCAGGGGAGUAAGACUGCCUUGAGCUCCCACAGCCGCAGCAGCAGCCGGAGCAGUCUGGACGAGGUGCUAGCGUCUCAGCCCAGGACCAGGGACUCAACAGCAGGCAUACCAGCCAAGACCAAGUCCCUACUGGACUACAGUGUCUACAUGGCCACCCUGGUACCCCCCGAGACUGGCACUGCCACUGCUACUGCUACUGCCACCCCCAUCGCUGCCACUAGUCCCGUAGUCCAGAGUCCACAGAGUAGCCCUGGGUCGGGCAAGAAGUUGCAGAGCAGCAGCAGCUUUGACCCUGUCGUUUUGCUGGGGGAGGAGGAGCCUGUUGCCUGGGUGAACUCUGCGAUUGGCCGGGUGGCAUGGGACUUCCUGGGCGAGCCCUACUGGGCUGACGUGGUCUCCAAGAAGAUCCAGAUGAAACUCAGCAAGAUCCGGCUCCCCUACUUCAUGAACGAGCUGACCCUGACAGAGCUGGACAUGGGCGUGGCCACUCCCAGAAUCCUUGGCGCCUCCAAACCCUCAGUUGACCAUCAAGGUCUGUGGUUUGACUUGGAGAUUUCGUACAGCGGCUCCUUCCUGAUGACCCUGGAGACCAAGAUGAACCUGAUCAGACUGGGGAAGGACGGCGACUGUAUGCGCUUCAGAGACAUCAGCAAGGAUGGGUACAGACCACGGACGUACUGCCUAGCUGACAGUGAUGAGGAGUCAUCCAGUGCUGGGUCCUCAGACGAAGAGGAUACUUCAGAGGUCACCAAUGACGUCCCUGGAGCAGAGGGACACAUGGGGGGCCGCCAGCCCAGUAAGAUAAUGCGCUUCGUGGACAAGAUCGCCAAGUCCAAGUACUUCCAGAAGGCCACCGAGACGGAGUUCAUCAAGAAGAAGAUGGAGGAGGUGUCCAACACUCCCCUGCUGCUCACCGUGGAGGUUCAGGAGCUCAGGGGCACGCUGGCCGUCAACAUCCCACCCCCGCCCACUGACAGGAUAUGGUAUGGUUUCAGGAGUCCACCCCACCUGGAGCUGAAGGCUCGGCCCAAACUGGGAGAGAGAGAGGUCACACUGGCCCACGUCACCGACUGGAUCGAGAAGAAACUGGACCAGGAGUUUCAGAAAAUCUUUGUCAUGCCAAACAUGGAUGACCUGUGGCUGACCAUCAUGCACUCUGCCAUGGACCCCCGCUCUUUUGGAACGCCCUCCACCUCCACCGCCGAUACGACCCAGAGGGAAACGGAGCCUUCCGAAACAGAGGGGGGCGCCACUCACGGCAUAUGAAGGAUUGUUUACAGUAUUUGCCUGAAAGGUGUGAAUUAGAAUGGGAGCCAGGGGGCUUUGAAGUAGUAUAAGGCCUAUUGGUGGAUAAGGACAUACAACAAGACUUCUGUUACCACAUUGACAUUCCAAUAGCUCCAUACCCAAGGGUCUUUUUUUUGUCACUGGCAGAACAGGAUGACCUCAGUCAUCAGAUGAACUUUGACUUUUUAACAAGCUCACUGACCGAACGAGACAGAAGUCAGUCAGUCAACCAACCAGGAAGGAGAAACACUAAAAAUAAAAACUCACUUUCUGCUCUGUUUUUUAAUCUGUGUAGGAUGAACAGACUUAGAAAAGUAGAUUUUUCUCAGAAUGGCACAAAUGUAACAGUGAUACAACCUAGUGGUAUAGGUGGAGCGGUGUGGAGAGUUUCUGUGGGUUAUGAGGUUACACAGUGUCCUAUGAACACAUGGUUAUUUCGCAUUCGCCGUUCACCUUACGUCCUAGGUAGGAAACAACUUAUGUUUGGGGACCCAAAUCAAGAGGGAGAAUGAAGUGAAAAGAAAUGGUUGAAUGAGACGCGCAACCUCUAGAUUAUACUUUUGUUAUUGUACGGGUAUGUCUGCAAGAGAGUGCAUGUGUGUGUGAAGCCUGACACUAAAGCAGGAGUGCAUACUUUUGAUAAUGUCACAUGUAUUAUUUGCCAUAUGAUAUAAGACAUCUAAUGCCCCCUAUGCUUUGUCCAGGUGAACACUAACCAUGUAUUCACUUAUUGUGACCCCACCCACAUCUCUUACUGCUCGGGGUAGAAGUUCCCCUUUACCACAGGUCUAGAAUCAGAUUACCCCAAAUCCUAACCAUUUUGUGGAUGAGAAAAUGUCUGACCCUAUAGCAGUGGUAAGGGGGAAAGUUCUACCUACAGUAUUCCCCUCUUAACUGUACACCACACCGCUUUAUAUGCAAAUGAUCACUGUGUCCAUAUCUGUAUGGAAGCAGCUAAAUGAAACCCCUCCCCUCAAUUUUCUCUGCAAGCCAAUGCUAUAGGGUUAGCCGUCAUUACCUAGGCAACACGUGUCUUUAAUUCACUAAUGCCUAUGCAAGUUCCUUGCCAACUAAGGACAUGGACAUGAGGUGAGCAAUGAGAAAAUAGUGUAUAUAUGUGUGUGUGUGUAUGUAUUUCUGAAAAGGUGUACAUAAUGGGCCUAACACUUUUGUUGAAUGUAUGUAUGGCUAUAUUGACAUUGGACUGUUUUAUUGUUUGUUGUAUGGAAACUAUUCCUAACCAAUCACAUGGAUUAUGUUGAUUGGGGUAUGCCAAGUAUUGCACAACUAAAACAGAAGUUUUGAUUUAUGUUUUCCUUGUAAACACUAUUAAUGAAAUACUAUCUACAGACAUGUAUUGCAUAUUUGCAGUGCUAUUGUGUUAUGCUCUCUAGCAUGUACAAUACCCGUGGCAGAUGUUGAGACCAUUCCUGUUGUACUCGGAACAACAGGUUUUCAUGUAUUUUUUUUUCAAAUUAUGUAGGAAGUGUUAUGCAUUUUUUAAUUUUUUUUUAUGUUGUUUUAUGUAUUUUCAAAUGGCCAUCAUCCACAGUUGCCAAUGCAUGGAAAUGAGCCCCCUUGCCAGACGUGCUAAAUGACACUUGGUAGAGUUAAACUAUAUGAUGUACUGUGCCUUUUGCCAAAACCAUCAUUAAUAUUAAAAUAAACUGUUAACUCAAACCAUAAUUGUAGUCUCAAAUCAUCACUAUUGAAGUCUGAAUCACCUCCUAUACUCUACUGUUAUGUUUUCUUCAUUUUGAGGUUACGUUUUAAAUGCACAGUUUUAGCAUUGGAUUUGUUUACAUGAAUUCCUAUUUGUGUUUCCAUUCGUUCCAUUUAUUUGUCAGGACACUAAAGCACUGUUGUAGAAUGUCAUUGAUGAAGGAAUAUCGUUUUUUAACUUUCCUUCUAAUUUGGUUUCUUGUUUAAUUUUUGUUUUAACGAUUAUUCAGUUAGUAAUAUUAUUAUUGGAACCCUUGAUAAUGAUGAGGCAAAAAUACUAAAAUAAAUGAUACAAAUACUGCGCUAUAUUGCAUGCAAUUUUAUGUUGAAAAUGUGAUUUAUUGUAUAUUAACACAAUUGCCCAGAGAAAGAGGUUUAGUUUCAAAAGUAAUAAGACAAUUCUCAAAAAGAUAGGUGUCAAAGUUAUUGGCAGCCCUGUUUUCAGUACUCCAGCACCGACCGUACCUUUGUGAGGAUAACGACACUGAGCCUUUAAAGAAAAAGCAAAAUCUCGUUCUCUGAGCAAUUGUAUUCGUAUAAAAUAAUAGAAUUCCCCAGUUUUUUGGAGUGUACAAAAUAGUGUACAAAUACAAAAAUUUGUAUUUAUUUUAUACAGUAUUUUUGCUCAUCUUUAUCAAGGGUGCCAGUAAUUAUGGACCUGAAUGUAGGUCUAGUACCAGGUUGGAAUACAUGUUUUGUAACUCUUUGUCUGCUUUCCUGAAAUACAAUGACAGAAUGAUGCUAUGAAUAGCACAUCAGAUUUAUAACAAUAAAGAGUUGAUGAUUCUGCAAAUAGAUGACUUAUUUAGAUUUUUAAGGACAAAUUUGUUGAGCCUCAUCCAUGUCUACUGCUUGGCUGAAACUUGGUCUCUUAGUUGGUUGAGACCAAGUUUCCCUAAAGGAAGUGCUUUAAAAUGAUGCCUUUUUUAUUUUUACAAAUGUUGAUUUAGCAGGCCUUGUUAUUUUCUGUUAUCGAUUUUGUAUGACUGAAUUGCAAUGGUAUUGUGGUACAAAUGAUAAAAAAGAUCAACUUGCUUUGUAAUUAUUUGCUCUUGAUUGAAAUAAAGAUUUUUUUUUAAUAAACCAA